AUGCUUUUUUAUUUUAUAGCAUUUUCAGUUGUCGUAUGGGUAUCGAUUCGGUAUUUUGGGAUAUUCCUCUCAUGGUUACUGUCAGUAGUUAUUCGAUGUCCAUUAGAAAUUGGUAGUGUUGGUUGGUGGAGACUCAGCGAUGUGCGAAUUCGUUUACCAAGUGGACUCAACGUCUAUGUUGAUAUAUGCCAGCUUCAACUUAAACCUCUUCUGCUGUCGUUAUCUAAUGUUAAAGUGGAAGGAGAUGCUCAAUCUCUUGCACAAGCUUCACCUACAAGGAGAACUGGUGUGCCUCCUAGGCGCACCGAUUCUAAGCAUUCUUUAUUCUCUCGUGUUACUCAACUAAUUCAGUAUUGUGGAUUGUAUGUUUCUCGAGGACAAGUAGUUCUUUUCGAUGCUCCUCCUGGAUGUAUUUUUCAUCUGGCAGCUCGAAACAUCAUGUUCACUGACGCGAGCAAAAGCUAUCCGUCGCCAGAACACGAUGGGUCACUCCCUUUUCGAUCUUUGGUCUUCAAUUUAGACUUUUCUGUAGAUAUCGCUGAGGUCGUCUCAAAGUCCGUAUUUCCGGUGUGUUCGACGAACUUGAAGAGCAUGGAGACUCCUUCAAGUUGUCUGGAAAUGCCGUUGACAAUGCGGAAAACUUAUCAAUGGCAAAAGGAGCUCUUCUCGAUCGAACUUCUUAUCGGAUUAUGCAUUGAAACCAACAAUUGUGGAGAAAGUCGAAUGUUAACGAUAGCAUUACGAGGACUGUCGGUCACCAAAGAUAGCGGGAAGACUCAAACACGUGUAGUGGGAUUGUCAGUUGAAGAUCAGCGCCAGCGACUAGCUUUACGGACAAGUCUUCUCGUUCUAUCACAUGAGGGGCAGUCACCACCAGUUGCUCCUUCGACACCACCUCGUAUUCCUGUCACAUUCUCUGUAGAAGUGGCGUCUAUUUUUUGUGAUCUCGUGGAUGCCGAUGCAUUCCAGUCAACUUUAUCUGUGCAAUUUUUGAGUAUCACAAAAGAAGAACAUAUGCUGGAAGUAGGAGUAGAUUGUCUUUGCAUUGCGGGUCCCAGCAUACGGCUGGUAGAUGCAACCUUCGAACGCCAUCAGUGGGGACAAGUC